AUGAUUUGGCUUUUGUUAUUUAUUAUCCAUGAAACAUCAGCUAACAAUGGCAAUACGGUCUUAAGAGAUUUGGGAGAAAAAGAGUAUUCCUUGAUAAAAGCAAAAUCAUCAUUGCCACAACAUGGAAAAUGUUGGCAUACUGCGCUCCAAACAUUGGAGAGCAAUUGCGAUAAAUUGAAUGAUUACGAACAUUCACUUCUUGCCCUUCAACUAGCAAAUUGCUUCUUAGAAGAUUCUGGUCAUACAACUUACAGUUGCCAUUUCAGUGAAACAGAAGAUGAGCGUCGGAAAUGCAUUGGCGACAUGACAGAUCGAGCCUUUAGUGUUUAUAAUGAAUUCUACACUCACGCAACUCAUAUUUGUUUCUUUUUGAAUCAUGAAGCUUGGCAAACUGAAGUUGAAAAUACUAUAAAGCUAUUGUUUCAAAUAUCUUCCCGCAUGAAGGAUCAAUUGUUAGAAGCAUCGGAAAUGCAAGGUGUAAUUUUAAAUAGUCAAAAGGAAGGUUUGCGUAUUCAAAACGAGCUUUUAGAUCAUGGCAAGGAACUGGGAACUGUAUUAAAGACUUCGUCUGAUACAGUCAGCAAUAUGGUGUCGGAUUUCAAAGAAUCGGCUAAAGAUCAGAAGGAACUACUUUACGAGAUCUUCUCAUAUAUACGUACUUUCCAAAGCUGGAUUAUCGGAGAAGUGUCUUGGUUUCAAUCUAUUAUAUUUUAUACUGUCAGCUGCAUUCUCUGCGCGUUAUUCAGUUCUUCUAGAAGAACGGUUGAUGCAAGAGUUGCGCUCUUUAGUAUCCUAAGUUUGAAUAUAGUGAUUGAAAGAAUACUUGUUCAAUAUUAUGAUAAGAUUAUUCUUCAAUCUCCAGAUGAUAAGGCGCACCUGCUAAGUACAACAUGGUUGUGCAGAAAAAUUGCCUUAAUACUUUGUGCUAUAACAUUAUUCUGUACAUAUUACUAUUAUAAAGAUGGACAAUUAGAGAAUUAUAAGGCUUUACAAAGAAUCGAGCAGCAGUUGAAUAUCAUUCAGAAAACUCCAAUUAUUUCCAACAUUGACCAACCAAUUCGUUACUCGAAACGACUUGCGUUGAAACGUUCGCAUACAAUUUUUGAUAAACAGGAUGAUCACUGA